UACAAGCAGGAUAUAAGUGAAGAUAGAGUGCUGCAAUUCGCGGAAGAAAUAUUGGAGCAUAAAGCAGCGAUAUCGCAGUUGGAACUGGAUGACCGGUGGGAGAGGUCCUAUGGCGAUUUUGAGUUUGAUUCGACGAGAUUUCCGAAUGUGGAGAGGAUGUGCAAUGUGCUGAGGUCAAAGGGCAUACGACUGUCAUUGUGGAUUCAUCCAUUUAUCAAUUUGGAUAGUAAUAAUGCGAAGAAUCGUGAGAUUUGGGGAUAUAUGGUGCAGACGGGAUAUAAUAAGGAACCAGCUCGGGUGGAUUGGUGGAAUGGAGAUGGAUAUGUGGUGGAUUUGACGAAUCCUGCAGCGGUAUAUUGGUUUAGAGAGCGAUUGGAUGCUUUGAAAAAGGUAUUGUUUGGUGUGCGUAUUUGGACCGGAUAUAAUAAUGAUAAGGAACCAGCUCGGGUGGAUUGGUGGAAUAAGGCUGCAUAUGUGGUGGAUUUCACGAAUCCUGCAGCGGUAUAUUGGUUUAGAGAGCGAUUGGAUGCGUUGAAAAAGUUGGGUGUGUAUUCGUUUAAAUUCGAUGCCGGAGAGGUGACGUAUUUACCGAAGCGAUUCCGAUUGUGGCGGAAUGGUGCAAAUAUUAACGAUUAUCAGCGAUGUUAUGCGGAAAUGGCUGCGGAAUAUGGGAAUGCCGUAGAGGUUAGGGUGUGUUCGCGGACGCAGCAUCUGCCGAUAUUAGUGAGGACAUUGGAUCGUCUUUCGACGUGGGAUAACGCAGGAUUGAGGAGUGUUUUGCCGAUAGCGUUGAAUUAUUCACUGCACGGAUAUUAUUUUAAUCUGCCGGAUAUCGUUGGUGGAAACUUUUAUGGAGGGAUUAAGNCGUUGAAUUAUUCACUGCACGGAUAUUAUUUUAAUCUGCCGGAUAUCGUUGGUGGAAACUUUUAUGGAGGGAUUAAGGCGGAUAAAGAGCUGUUUAUAAGGUGGAUGCAGUUGAAUCAGUUAAUGGUGUGUAUGCAAAUGUCGAAAGCGCCGUGGGAGUAUGAUUUGGAAACUUGGCAAGUGUCCAAGAAAAUAAUGAGAGAUAGAGAGAUCAUGAUGGAUGACGUCAUUUUGGAGGGGUGUAGGAGGAGUUGUGAGAGGGGGGAACCGGUGAUAUGUCCAAUGUGGUGGCUCUCGGAUAGUGACGAGGCGUUGCAAGUGAGUGAUCAGUUUGUGAUAAACGAUCGCGUAAUAGUGGCUCCAGCUCUGGAGAAGGGGAUGACAUCGAGGAAUGUUUACUUACCCGCUGGGAAAUGGAGACACGUGGGCAAAUGUGAGGGAAGUGCCGGAAAAUGCUCGGGAAGUUUGGGAGGUUCAUCUGGAGUUUAUGUGGGACCGAUACAGAUUAGGAUUGAAGUACCGUUGUUAUCUUCAGUGCAGUAUUUUGUGAAGGUGGAUGCAGACUGA